AUGGCUGAACCCAAAACCAAAUACGAUCGCCAGCUUAGAAUCUGGGGCGAGCAAGGACAGACAGCCCUAGAGAAAGCCAGCAUAUGCUUACUGAAUUGCGGUCCUACUGGUUCCGAAACCUUGAAGAACCUUGUUCUUGGUGGGGUUGGAAGCAUCACCGUCAUUGAUGGAUCCAAAGUUGAAUUGGGUGACCUUGGAAAUAACUUCAUGGUUGAUGAAUCAAGCGUUGGCAAAUCGAAAGCGAAAUGUGUUUGUCAGUUUCUUCAAGAGCUGAACGAUGCUGUUAAGGCCAAGUUUAUAGAAGAGUAUCCAGAGGCUUUGAUUGAGACAAACCCAUCAUUCUUUUCUCAGUUUACCUUAGUUGUAGCCACUCAGCUAGUGGAAGAUUCAAUGGUAAAGCUUGAUAGAAUCUGCAGGGAGGCAAAUGUGAUAUUGGUCUUUGCUCGCUCUUAUGGCCUCACUGGGCUGGUUCGUAUCAGUCUGAAGGAACAUACUGUGAUUGAGUCGAAGCCUGAACAUUUUCUGGAUGACCUUCGUUUAAAUAAUCCAUGGCCUGAGCUUAGAGGGUUUGCAGAAACCAUUGAUCUAGAUGUGACAGAUCCUGUUGCCCACAAGCACAUACCAUAUGUUCUCAUUCUUGUCAAGAUGGCAGAGGAGUGGUCCAAAAGUCAUGAUGGUAAACUUCCAUCAACUAGGGAAGAGAAAAAAGAGUUCAAGGAGCAUAUCAAAGCUAGGAUGACUGCACUUGAUGAAGAUAACUAUAAAGAAGCCAUUGAGGCCUCCUUCAAAGUCUUUGCUCCACGUGGAAUUAGUUCAGAUUUGCAACAGUUAAUUGGAGAUAGAUUUGUGGAAGUUGAUUCCAGUUCAUCUGAUUUUUGGGUGAUGGUGGCAACAUUGAAGGAAUUCAUAGAAAAUGAAGGUGGUGGCGAGGCACCCCUCGAGGGAUCAAUACCAGAUAUGACAUCUUCGACAGAGCACUAUGUAUGCUUACAGAAACUCUACCAAGCCAAGGCUGAGGCUGAUUUUCUUGUUAUUGAGCAAAGGGUUAGGACUAUUCUGAAAAGAAUUGGUAGAGAUCCAAAUAGCAUCUCAAAGAUAACCAUAAAAAGUUUCUGCAAAAAUGCAAGAAAACUCAAAGUUUGCAGGUAUCGCCUCGUCGAAGAUGAGUUCAAUUCUCCAGUCCUACCAGAGUUGCAGAAGUAUCUAACAGAUGAGGAUUACAGUGUUGCUGGUGGGUUUUAUAUUUUGCUCAGAGCUGUUGAUCGGUUUGCUGCCAAUUACAACAGUUUUCCUGGGCAAUUUGAUGGUGUGAUGGAUGAGGACAUAUCUCGGUUGAAAACUACAGCUGUUGGCCUGCUUAAUGAUUUAGGCUGCAAUGGUGUAACAUUAACUGAGGAUCUUAUCAACGAGAUGUGCCGAUUUGGUGCUGCCGAGCUCCAUGCAGUUGCUGCUUUCAUUGGAGGAAUUGCAUCUCAGGAAGUGAUCAAGCUUAUAACAAGACAAUUUGUGCCCUUGUCUGGGACUUUCAUCUUCAACGGCAUCGAUCAUAAGUCUCAAUUGUUGUCUCUAUAG